AUGAAGGACGUGAAGCUUCUCCUGGAGAAGCUGCGAAUCAACCGAGAAAGGGAGUUUGAACGGGAGGUAAAGAUUUUUCUCGAGUUAAAGAAGCUGAGCGAUGGCACCCCCAAGGGGGAUGACGAAAGCACAGUUGGCAUUGAAAAGGACGCAAAUGGAGUGAAUAGCCGAAACGGAACGAACAGCCCACUCGACGUGAAUAGCCCAAACGGAGCGAGCAACUAUGUUAGGAAAAAGAUAAACAGCCUAAGAAAGAAGACAGUGUUUGAACAGAGCUACUACAGAAACGUUCUAAAUUGUUAUGACCAGAGUGAUCAUUACAAGGAGGUGAUAAAGUAUACUCCAUAUGACUUCCAAGGGGCACAAGAAACAGACUCGAAAAAAGCAAUCACACAAAGUGAAAACCUCCUGAUCUUUUAUUAUGCUUACUUGGUUAGGAAGUACUGCGAACGUAAUUUCCUCAUGUGUGUCCACAACGACUUUAUCCGAUCUCUCACUUACACUUGCUUAGAGGAAAAUCUUUUUUUAAAAUUUGUGUCAAUCAAUUUGGGUGUACUAGCUAAAUGCAUAAAGCAAGUGGAGGUGGUUUCAGAAGAGACUGAAAAUGAAAACCUGGUCCAGCUGAUGAAUCGGUGCAGGGGUGUCAUGCGAGGUGUGUACAACGAGUUGGCUUCCUUACAGGGGAAGGACAAGACAAAUGAGGCGGCGCAGUUGGUGGUAGAUGGUGAUGAUGGUGAAAGUCACCAUGUGUGUAGCAGCUUAAAGAAGUACUUCCCCUUUUUGGAUGAGCCUUGUGGGAAGGGCAUUCAGGAGGGAAGUGCAAAUGACGCCCACAUGAAAAAGGUGUACGAGAUAUAUGCCUUUGUGUAUGUCUUCGCAAGCAUUUUCUACGUCACUUCUCUUGCCAUUAGUAAGGCUAAGGUGGGGCGAUACCUUCCAAUCAGGGGGAUGCCACACGAUUGUGCGGACAGCCGCGUGCAGAGCGACCUGCAGCGAUUCGCCAUGUACCGCAUGUUCAUCGAGCAGUAUGCCAAGGGAGACUUCAUGCAGCUGAACCAAGCCAUGUUAUACUUCCUAUCUAGGGAGAGGCUGUUGACGCAGAAGGAGGGAAUGAGCCACACAUGCGGAGACAUCCUCGAAUGUUUGAAUGUACUGAGAAAUGCUACCGCGUUACAGAGCGAAUUUUUUGCUGCUAGCCGUGUGAAGGAAGUUGGUAGCCACCCCACAGAUAACCCCCACGUGAAUUAUAUUGGAAGUGGCCCCUCCCCCCGUGUCCCCUUCAUCAACCACUUCUUCCACGUCGCCAUCGAUUUCGACAAGACGAUAAUAAAAAAAGAUUCUUACUCAGCUUUUUUUAAAAUAUUGGAAAAACAUUAUUUUAAGGAGAGUGUGAGGACAGGAAAGGAAACUUUAACAGAAGAGGACAUAACCUUUUUUAAUAAUUUCUCUUUAGAAGAAAUGAAAAAUAAACCUAAACCUACAACACAGGAGAAGAUUGAAUACAUACACAAGUUGGGCCAUUGGUUUUCACUCCAGGAGUUAGACAUUCUAGAAAAUUUAAAAAAGGAUCAGGAGAAGAAAGAACAAGUGUAUUCAAAAUCGUAUUACCAUUUUUUAAAUGAAGUGGACAAGGUACACGUCAACUACUCCAUGUUGCUCUCCUACUACGAUGUGUUUAAGGAUGUGCAGGUAGAUGUGCUGAACAGUCUCAUCAGUGAGCACUAUGAACGUUUUGAACUGAACGAAUUUUUUUUGGAAGUCUUUUUACAUUUGCUUAAUUAUAAAAUGGAGAACAGGGACUCCUUUUACCUCGACGUGAUUACGCUAAAUUUGAAGAAGCAAAUUUGUCUCUACACGAUAAGGAAUAAUUUGUUGAAGGUGAGAGGCGGGACGUUUGCCCUGUCGCCGCCGCCACCCCCCUCGUCUGCAACGGCGCCAACCGAGGAGGACUACUACCAAACGUUUAAAAAGUACUUCCACGUGUACUACUCCAAGACGCACACGUACGACAAGGGGCAGCGCAAGUAUACUGGGGAGUUCGAAUACAAUCGUCUGAAAAUCAAGCACGGUGAGUACCAGCCCGGGGGUGGUAAUGACGUGGGGACGAUCGAGAAGGUCUCGCUCAGCUCAUUAUACGACAAAACACUAAUUCAAACGAAGGUCUGUUCGCUGCUCCGACACGUUAAUCAUAAGCUAUCGGCCUUCAUCGGAGACAGCCUCAUUGAUUUGGACGCCAUGCUGCACGCCGACAUCGCCAUCCUGAUUGGACACAACGAGCUGUUAAUCACUUUUUGUGAAAAGCAUAACAUCAUUAUUAAGCCCCUUGUGUGUGCAGCGGCCAAGAUUGAGAUGCUGGCGCGCGCGCGUAACGCCACAAGCGACGUCACCCCCGCCACCAAUGGCACCGCGAACAAAAAUGUGUCCCCCAUCGAUCAGCGUGGGGAGGAGCUAAAGGACCUGUACGAUGAGAAGGAAAAAGUUAUUUACUCCACGGAGAGCUGGCUGGAAAUUGGCAUUUUUUUCUUCGGCCACGUGUGA